UAGUGUUUCGAACGACCAACUGUUUGGAGCAGCACCUUUUAUUAUCGGGAAAGUUGACAAUAUGUUGAGUUUGGGGAGCGGGGUUGGGAAGUCUGCCAAACCGUCAUUUGUUUCGUAUGUCACUCCCGAGGAGAUCAAGUCAGAGAAGGAACCGUCCAGAAAAGAGAAUCUUCCUGUCUUGUUACCAGGUGAGGUGGUGUUCUGCAGUGCCAGCACUGUGCUCAGGUUCACGCAGGAUGACCUCUCUCAGCGGGGCGUGUUCGGCACGCUCCUGUGCACCAACUUCCGAGUGUCGUUCGUCAGUGACGAGCCAUCGGCGGAGAAGCCCCAGCACUUCAACAACAAGCUGUAUGGAGAAAAUGAUAUUCCUCUAUCAUGUGUGGACAGCAUCUACGGAGAAAAGAAAAAAAAGAGCAGGGUUGUCACGGCGCCCGUAUCGUCCCCGGCAGGUUACGAGGACAAGAAGAAGCUGAUGACGGGCAGCCUGGUGAAGAACAAGUACCCCUCCAAGAUGAUCAUCCACUGCAAAGACCUGCGAGUCUUUCACUUCACACUCACCUUCUGUAAAGAGGAGGACUCCAAACGGAUCUUCCAAGGCAUCAUCCACCACUGUCUGGAGCCCAAGUCACUCAAGUGUGUCUUUGCCUUUUCCUACUGUGAGAAGACCUCGUGUCCUGAGAAGCAGAGGAAGGAGAGGACGCUGCUGUUCGACAGCAUGGAGGACUGGGCGCAGGACAUGAGGAGAGUGAAGGGAACCUGCCGGCUUGUCACGGAGAACACCAGCUUUCAGCUCAGUCCAGAGUUACCUCAGGUGUUCAUCGUCCCAUCAGAUGUUGCUGACGAGGACCUGACUGCCUUCCAGGGAAAAGGACUACCAAUGUGGUGCUGGUCUCACCACAGUGGAUGUGCUCUGUUUAAAACGUCCUCCCUGCCUGUGCUGCCCGAGGACACCCUCUCCCAGGCCUACAUGGACAGGAUGUUGACAGCCGUGGCGGCGAACUACCUGUACUCUGUGAAGACUGAAGACCUGUCUGACACGCUGCCCUCCCUGCAGGACGUCCAGCAGUCAUACAACAAGUUCAAGCACUUCUUCCUCAUCGACAAUACAACAGAGUUUUGGGUGUCGGAUGUGAAAUGGUUCUCCUCUCUGGAGAGCUGUGGCUGGUUGGACAUCAUCAGGCAAUGUCUGCAGAAGUCUGUUGAAGUGGUUGAGUGCCUGGAAAAGGAAAAUUCUAAUGUUCUUAUAAUGGAGGAGGGGGGGACGGACCUGUGCUGCAUCGUGUCCAGCCUGGUGCAGCUGAUGCUGGAUCCUUUCUACAGGACCCUCACAGGGUUCCAGAGCCUGGUGCAGAAGGAGUGGGUGGCAGGUGGACACAAGUUCCUGGAUCGCUGCAACCUGCUCCAGCUCAAAGACAAGGAGAACCAGGCUCCAGUGUUCCUGCUCUUCCUGGAGUGUGUGUGGCAGCUGCUGCACCAGUACAGCCAGGCCUUCCAGUUCUCUGAGACCUACCUGACCGUGCUGUCAGACAGCACACACGUGCCGCUGUUCAGCACCUUCCUCUUCAACUCCCAUCAUCACAGGGCCACCUUCCUCAGGUGUUGGCAGGCAGAGUUGCCUCAAGCACAAAGAGGCCCUUUGAACUGUCCUCCAGUGUGGGACUGGUCGGUGCAGUUUGACUGCAAGGCCCAAGAUCUCUUCAUUAACCCUCUGUACACCGACAAGUCCAAACAGGACCGGGCCACCAGAAAGACACACAGGCCUAAGCACCAGAGGCAGCUGUCCCUGCCCGGCUGUGCCUUCAAAACCCCUCCCAAGAAGGGCUUCUUCAAGGACGAGACGGACAGCCUGAAGAAGAUCCUGCGCGUGCGGCGGGUCAGCCGCUGGAUGCUGUCCCCCGACUCCCCCCAGCCUCCCUCCUCCCUCAGGGAGUUCUACGCCUGCUGGCUACGGAGGCCCCUGGACCCCCACGGCCUGCUGCUGCCCUGCCUGACAGGGCCCUCCGUGGGGGUCUGGAUGCAGCGCUACCUCCGCUGGAUCCACGAGGUCCAGAUCUUCGGGGGCGGCCCGGUCACCGUGCUGAGUAAGGUCGCUGAUCUGCUUAGCGAGGUGCAGGACCUGCAGAGGGAACUCCAACAUCGCUCCUGCAGUACCGCCUCCGACCACCGCAACAACAGCACCGCCUCCGACCACCGCAACAACAGCAUCACCUCCGACCACCGCAACAACGGCACCGCCUCCGACCACGGCGCGGCGAGGGGCAGGGUGCUGGGCGAGGCUGGCUCGAUGGCUGCCAAGAAUGUUGUGCAGCUGUCGUCGUCCUACCCCUUUGUGACGCACAGGAACUGGUCCUUCAAGCCAGCCAUCCCCAGCAGCCUGCUGCAGGGGCUGCUGGUGUCUGGGCCCCUGGCCGAGCAGGACGACGAGCCCGAAACUCUGGUCUGAGGGCCAGAGCCACACCCUCCUGGGGGGCAAAGCCACGCCCUCCUGGGGGGCAGGGCUAUGCAGUGGGGGUAGGGUUGAUUUUGUAACUUGAUAAAUUGUGUUGUUGGUUUUUUUUCACCUUUUGGAUAUUGUGGCAGUCCAACACCACUUUGAUCAGGUGGGGGUUCUGCCUCAGGAAUACAAAGGUCAGAAAGGUGUUUUUCCCCUACUGUAUGAAGAUGUCACACACAUGACAUGUGAAGGCCCUCUGAGGCAUUUGGGUAUGAGCCAGAGUGCUCAAAAUGCAGCGAUGCAAUCCAAAGUUGGCAGGGUUAUCCAGAACAAGAAGUUUCAUGUAGCACUUGAAAGUUACUUAAAAUUACAAUUUUGCCUAAGUAGGGUACACACACACACAAAGAUCUUUCCCAUGUUUUUGGAUGGAGUACUGUGGACAGAUGUGAAAACUUCGAUAAUGCCCACUUUUAAUAAGAAAGCCUAGAAACAACAUGCAAGGUGUUACAACCAUUACUGCUGAGAUGUGCUGCUUUAUUCUUUGAGCCAGGGAACCAGAAGCAACAAGCCAAAAAGUAUGUUGGAGCAAAUGAGACCAAUGUGGUUCUGGACUGCACUAGAAAGGGACUUUUUUCACCUAAAAAAAAUGACUUCUUUGACAUUCUGUAAUAUGUAUUUUGCCUACAACGAUGUUUAUGUGGCCUUGAUUGUUUCAGGACAUUGUCAGUCUUCUUUCCAGAGACUUCCAAAGAAGUCAAAUGUUGUUGAGGUCAGAGUACUGUUCUGAUAUGUUACUUGGAUGGUAUCCGAUUGAAAACUGUGUUUUUAUGGUAUAAAAAAAACGUUCUUCUAAGAUUUUUUUUCUUUUAAGUUGUUGAAAUUGAUUUACUGAAGAGCAAUACAGCUUAGUGCCUAAAGUCAUUGAUUUCAUUAAAUGUGGUGGUAAGGGUAAAAAGAUCAAUAUUGAACAGCCUCUUGAUAAUGGAUUGAGAAUGAUUGUGUACAAGUGUACUCAGAUUUAAAAUGUUUAUUUGAUGUUGGCAGUUGGUAAGAGCCAUCUGCUGGCUGCAAAAAUAACUGCCUUUUACAAGAAGAAUGAUUCCACAGAGUUUUAUAAAUAGAGUCGUUUUAGGACCUGGGGCCUGUUCCAUGAAGCGAGUUAUUGAAUAAGCUAGGCGUUGGUCAGAGUACAUCUAUACUUGUUAAUCGUCACUAAGGUGCAUUAUCCCUGUCAAGAUGUUUUGAAGCUGUGGAACUAGUUUAUGUGAGGGUGUCAGUGUGUGUCCAUCAUGGGGGGGGGGGAUUAGAUCCUAUUAACAAACAGGAAACAUUGUUAAGAAUGUUUAAAGGUGAAGCCAUUAGGUGUAGUACCUGUUACAGAUUUCUAAUUCAUGAUUACCUUGCAGACUGAGUACCUUUACAGAAUCAUCCUCGUCUCAUGUAUACGAUAAAUGUCACCAUAUUAUCAAGUUUUUCACAUAUAUAGGUAUUUACCUUUUUUGUUGUAAAUGUAUAUUUAUCAAAUUUAUUGAAACAAACAUUGAAGUAUAAGUCAGUUUGUCUUUUUUUCUUUUUUCAAGCAGGUGAGACUAAUGGAAAUACUGUCUUCACUGAUCAAUGUUGACACAUUUACCAUGUUCUUGUAUAUACUACAGAUAUUGACAUUUCAAUAUGUAGACUUUCUCGGACCAAAACUGUUGUAUUCUUUAACCUGUCCUUGAUGCAUUUGCCUUUAGCUUCAGCUAGCACUGAAAUCCAGAAAAGGAAGGACAACAUUGUUUCUGUUAUUUCACAGAAAGUGUAUCUUUUAUAUGUCUCUAUAUAACUUCCUGCACUACUGAUGUCAUAUACUGAAAUUCACAUUUAAAUUGCACUUUUUUGCACUAAUACUGCAAAUGGAUCCAAAUUACCAGAUAGGCAUGACUACAAUGCUAAUGAUUGCUCCCUUGGAUUGCAGACGCUAAUUCUAUGAUUAAAGAGUUUUGCGUUUCACA